CUUCAGGUCUCUUUACCUCCCGUUCGUCUUGGCUCUUCUUCUCUUCCACACCCCCCUUGUCUCAUUCCUUCGCUCCCUGUCUCUGCCCAUCCAUCACCCAACCCAUUGGCAUCUUCUUCUCUCCCUCCUCUCUCUUGCCCUUUCUUUCUUUCUUUCUUUCUUUCUUUCUUUCUUUCUUUCUUUCUUUCUUUCUUUCUUUCUUUCUUUCUUUCUUUUCCACUUCCCGUAACCCAUCCCCUGGGCAACGAGUGCCUUUCUUUGGGGCACCCCAGCAGAAGGGCACCCCUCCCCUGGAUGGCUUUGGGAGAUGGGCUCUGUUGCCCAGGCGAUGGAUCAGGCAGCCCUAUAAGAGGGGUCGCUUGGGGCGAGCAGAGGCCAGGAGGCACCAGACCAGACCACCAACCCAUCCUGCCUCCAGGCCACAGCAGGCAGGCCCCUUCCUUCCGCUGGGACCCCAAAGACAGAUACCGGCCACCCUACACAAACUGCUGAUCCAUUGGCCCAGGAUGAAGGCUCUGCCGCCCUUCCUCUUCCUCAUCCUCCUCCCAGCUGCCUCCCAGAGCCCCCUCCGCUCCCACCAGGCCUUGCUGGAGCUGCUGGGGGAAGACCUGGAGGCGCUGCUCUCUGAGCGGGAGGGGGACCCCGCUCUGCUCCCCCAGGACCUGGUCUCCCGGCUCUUGAAGCAGCAGCGCCCUGCCUCCCUGGAGCCCCCCACCCCAGGCCUGCCUCCCGAAGCCUGGGCCCACCUCCUGAGCGACCUCCUCAAGACCCAGAAGAGGCUCCGGUGGCGGCCCAAGAAGGCCACGAUGGGCCAGCAAGGCUGCUUCGGCAUCAAGCUGGAUCGGAUCGGGACCCUCAGCGGCCUCGGAUGCUAGUUAUUUUCCUCCCACGACGACGCUCCUUUGGGGCAGAACGGCUCUCUCUGGACAAAAGCACCCAGUGCUUGCAAGGAUCCGGCUGUGGAACAAGAAAGUCCUCCUCCUCCUCCUCUACUGAAAACUAGAACUCGCCUCCUGCUAAGAGUGACAACUCUCUCUCCCUCUCUGGAAAACCGAGCGUCUGACCUGGAAGGAAUCUGCACUAUGAAAAGAUAGCACUUCAAUACCACUUUAAAUGCCACAGUAGCCUUGGCCUAUGGAAUCUUGGGAUUUUUAGUUUGUGGAGGUACCAUUCAUUUUUGGCAGAGGACGCUGAAGACCUUGUGAAACUACAAAUCCCAGGAAUCUAUAGUUUUGCACGAAGGCAGUUAAAUUGGCAUGAAUUUCACUAGGUAGAUGCACCCUUUAAAGCUAAAGCCCUAGAGAAUAAUCGGAUUCCAACCCCAGUCUACAAAUCCCAGGAUUAUAGAUCUGGGUUAAAGUGACAUUAAAGUAGUGCCAAAGUGUUAUAACUGUGCAAACUGGACCUCCAUCCCAAUUCAUAGCAUCCCUGUUAUUGGUAACCAAUUGGAAUAUGUGUUUUGGCAUUUUGUUUUUGGGAAAAUCAUGUGUUAAAAGCAAUUAUUUCUCACUGAUUUCCCCCUGCAUACUCCCAAUUGAAAUAAAAAAUGCAUCUGGUUCUCUA